AAGGUAAAAGUUUGAUCUUUUUACAGACACUGGUGGUUUCAUGUUUACCUUUAUCGACCAAUGAAAAAUUAAAAUGUAGCAUAAUUUUGAACUGUAUGCUAAGCCUAUUUCACCAACUUGGUUAAUGUAGGAGCAAGCACUUGAAGGAAGGAUCCGUGUCCCGUGUCGAGGUCCUGUACAAAGACAGAAUUUUCACCAGGAAAUUUUCAAAGCGAGCCCCGGACUCCUGUUAUGAGCAGCUCGAGUCUCAUGAAAAUUUUAUAAACCCCUAUUCUAUCCGAUGAUAUACCUUAAGAAAACGUGAAAAUGUCGGGAAUAGCCAUUGGAAGAUUGGGUGAAGAACGUAAAAGUUGGCGCAAGGACCAUCCAUUUGGCUUUGUUGCAAGACCAACUAAGAACCCAGAUGGCACAUUGAACUUGUUGAACUGGGAGUGUGCAAUACCUGGCAAAAAGGGGACUCCAUGGGAAGGAGGGUUAUACAAACUCAGAAUGUUGUUCAAAGAAGAUUACCCCAGCUCACCUCCCAAAUGCAAGUUUGAACCUCCUCUGUUCCAUCCCAAUGUGUACCCCUCAGGCACAGUAUGUCUGUCUCUACUGGAUGAGGAAAAAGAUUGGCGACCAGCGGUCACAAUCAAACAGAUUUUACUGGGUAUCCAGGAACUUCUAAAUGAGCCCAAUGUCAAGGACCCAGCACAGGCUGAGGCAUACACCAUCUACUGUCAAAAUCGAGUGGAAUACGAGAGGCGUGUUCGAGAGCAGGCCGUGCGGUUCCGAGAUCCCUCCUUAUAGUCUUGGUCGAGUGUCAGACAUUUCAGGGAUAUUUUGUUCCAACUUUCAGCACUGAUGGCGAGACUGUAGAUAAUUCAUUCAACAGUAGUUUUAAAUUUCUUACUGUGCUUUUCUUCAUCAUCGGGUGGGAUUUGAUAAAAGUCAGUCCAGAUGUGGCUGCUUUAUUCUGGACAACUGACAUGUUUGUGUGUUCCGACUUUUGUACGAGUGUCCAGUGAAGCUUGACCACCUCUUGUGAAACUGUUGGUGUCUGGUUAGUGAAAUGAACUCCUUAAGAACGAGCCAUUUUACCACCCAUCGUAUACAAUUGUAAGAAAUCUCUGAUGAUAUUUACAGUUUAUUAACAUGUUCAGGUCUUAUGUUUUCAUUUAAUCAUGAAAGUUGUGAUUUUUUUUUUGAAAAUAAUUUCCAAAACAUAUUAUUUUUUUCAAAAGAAAAACAAUUUUUUUUAGAUGAUUUUUGAGAAUGUCAAGUCAUAGGGUAAUGAUUCAUUAUUUGUACUCUGUAAUGAUGAUGUUGUAAAUAAAACAUUCUAAGAA